AUGUUGCGGCGCCGUGUGGUGCUUGCCGCAUGCCGUGCUUUGGGCACUUGUUCACGAUCACCAGCUGCGCUGCGGCCAUGGUCGACCAUGGCCAGAGCGCAGGGGUCGCCUGCCCUCCGAGCCUCGCGACGAUGGAAUAGCAGCGCAGCACCCGGUGGUUGCAUGGAGCAUUAUCUCCACCUGAAAUCCAGCGGAGAAAUUCAAGAGGAUCCUCGACAAGAAGUUUGCAUGAACAUGCUGGACGAUCUGGCAAAACACCUCGAAAGCUAUUCACCCAAGAUGGCUAGACUUCCCAAAGCCGCACCAAAGGUGGCCACUGGCGGCAGCGGCCUCUUUGGGUUGUUCGGAAGCAAGGCUGCCGCGGCUGCCGCCCCGAAAACGAAGUCUGUGGAGGCGGCGCUGCAACCGGCAGCAGGGCAAAGGGGACUCUACCUCUGGGGUGGAACAGGUACUGGCAAGACUUUUAUGAUGAACAUGUUCUAUGACAAGGUGAAGGUGCAGAGCAAGAAACGCAUCCACUUCCAUGAAUGGAUGAUCGAUGUGCACUCACGCUUGCACCAAAGGCAGAAAGGAAGCAGCGCCAAUACGGAUAGCACCGCAGAUGACUUGGUUGAGCAGGUGGCUGCAGACAUGAUGAAAGAAGCAUGGCUCCUAUGCUUUGAUGAGUUCCAGGUCACUCACAUCAGUGACGCCAUCAUUAUGAAGCGGAUUUUCUCCGUCCUCUUCGAGCUAGGUGCUGUGGUGGUCGCAACUUCCAACCGACCACCCAAAGACUUGUACCUGAAUGGACUGAAUCGGCCGCUCUUUUUGCCGUUCAUUCCAGUGCUCGAAGCCUUCUGCCACGUUCAUGACAUCGGAGCCGAAGUGGAUUAUCGAAUGUGCUCGACGAGAGACGAGGAGGAUGACCGUGUCUACAUCACACCCAACGGCUCGGACGAGACGAAGCUCUUGGAGACAAAGUUCGCGAAGAUUUGCCAGGGCCACGUGCGCUUCGGCGUGCAAGUGGAGACACAAGGUCGAAGAAUUGUGGUACCGAGGUGUGCUGAGAAUUCAGAUGUGGCCUGGUUUACCUUCAAGGAUCUUUGCGACAAGCCGCUGGGAGCUGCGGAUUACUUGGCCAUUGGUCAAGCUUUCCACACGAUAUUCAUUGCUGAUAUCCCGCGACUCACGAUGCAGGAGCGCGAUCAAGUUCGUCGCUUCAUCACGUUGAUCGAUGCACUCUACGAAUCCCACGCCAAAGUGGUUUGCACAGCGGCCCUGGACCCCAUCUCGUUGUUUCACGUCUCGGAAGAAGAGCGAAAGACCUCCGUGGCAGAUGAGAUUUUCGCAUGGGAUCGCACAGUCAGUCGGCUGAUGGAAAUGCAGUCGGCAACCUACCUCAGCAAUGCCUUUAGGUCCCUUAGUGCCGAACAAUUUCUGGGACAGUACAAGCUCAAAUGCUUGUCAGACCAGGACUUCAAAGAUCUCUGGCGUCGUUAUGAUCAGGAUGACAAUGGCUGCUUAGAUAUGGAGGCUGUUUGCAGUUUGCCACUCGGCAAGGGCAGUUCGGAGAUGAGUCUUCCUGAAGACAAAGAGCCAGAGAGUCCCUUCAAAGAAGUUCCUGCCCCAACGCUGGUAGGUAAAGACGACAUGUAUGUCCAUGGGGAGCAAGUGACUUUUGAGGAGUUUCAGCGUUAUUUGGCGGAUUUCUCGACCAUUGAGAAUAUGAUUGAAGAACACUACAUGCCAAUGACCCUUGGCAUGUCGGCGCGAUGGCCAGGAGAGGGGUUCAGCACAUGUUUCAACUCUUUGAACAGCAUGAAUCAUAGAAGAGGAUCGAUUCGGAUAGAUCAGAUGAUUGGUGAAACAUUGUCCAGCAAAUCAGCGACGCACAGCCUAUACUGCAUAUACAUGUCAUUAAACGAAUUUAUCUAUAAUAUUAUAUAA